ACAUUGCAGCAACAAAUGAGGUUUUUUCAAAGACCGUUAUUUGUUGAUUACAUUGAGAAUUUGAGAAAACCGCAAAAUAGAAAAAGCUUAAAUGGUAGCUACAAAAUUGAUGACAUUGAUGAACAAGUGUUCAACUGUGAAUCACGCAAAACAAAUCCAUGCCCACAUCUUGAUCAAUGGUCUUUCCCAUCUUCAACCCAACUUCAUACAUCAUAUCCUUCUCUGGGAUAUCACUAACUACAAAACUAUGGCUCACUAUGCCCACCUAAUUCUUCUCCAUCUGACCAAUCCAGAUUCCUUCUCGUGGGGUUGUGUGAUUAGAUUCUUCUCUCAGAAGGGUCUAUUCACAGAAGCUGUUUCUCUCUAUGUUCAAAUGCAUGGGAUGGGGUUGUGUCCAACUUCAUGUGCUAUGUCCUCUGCACUCAAAUCGUGUGGUAGACUUGAGGACAAGUUGGCUGGUGUAUCAAUUCAUGGGCAAGCUCAUGUGUUUGGAUAUAGUGCGUGUGUUUAUGUACAAACGGCCCUUGUUUAUUUAUAUUCCAAAAUGGGUGAUAUGGGGACUGCUCGGAAGGUGUUCGAUGAAAUGACUGAGAGAAGUGUGGUUUCUUGGAAUUCUUUGUUAUCUGGAUAUCUAAAAGCUGGUAACUUGGAUGAGGCUCAAGAUUUUUUCAAUGAGAUUCCCAGGAAGGAUGUCGUAUCUUGGAACUCUAUGGUUUCUGGAUAUGCCAAAGCAGCAAAUAUGGAUCAUGCCUGUUCUUUGUUUCGGCAAAUGCCAGAGAGAAACCUGGCCUCAUGGAAUGCAAUGGUUGCUGGUUACAUUGAUUGUGGAAGCAUAAUGUCAGCAAGAGAAUUUUUUGAUGUAAUGCCCAGACGAAACAGUGUCUCUUGGAUGACAAUGAUUGCUGGGUAUGCAAAGAGUGGGGAUGUUGAAUCUGCACGUAUGCUCUUUGACCAGAUGGAUCACAAAGAUUUGCUCUCAUAUAAUGCUAUGAUAGCUUGUUAUGCUCAAAAUAGCAGACCCAAGGAAGCCCUUGAACUAUUUAAGGAUAUGCUCAAUCCGGAUAUCUAUGUACAUCCAGAUAAAAUGACUUUGACUAGUGUUAUAUCAGCAUGUUCGCAACUGUGGGAUCUGGAACAUUGGUGCUGGAUUGAGUCACACAUGACUGACUUUGGAAUUGUGUUGGAUGAUCAUUUGGCUACUGCUUUAAUUGACUUGUAUGCAAAGUGUGGAAACAUUAACAAGGCAUAUGAGAUAUUCCAUGGCCUGAGAAAGAGGGAUUUGGUUGCGUAUUCUGCAAUGAUCUAUGGGUGCGGAAUAAAUGGAAGGGCUUCUGAUGCAAUCAAGUUAUUUGAACAGAUGCUUGCAGAACUUAUUGCUCCUAAUUUAGUCACCUACACUGGACUCCUUACUGCCUAUAAUCAUGCUGGAUUGGUUGAAGAAGGUUACCAGUACUUCAACUCCAUGAAGGACUAUGGACUUGUGCCUUCGGUUGAUCAUUAUGGAAUUAUGGUUGAUCUUUUGGGAAGGGCAGGAUAUCUGGAUGAAGCAUAUAAGCUUAUCAUAAAUAUGCCGACACAACCAAAUGCUGGUGUUUGGGGAGCUUUGCUUCUCGCCUGCAGAUUACAUGAUAAUGUGGAGCUUGGGGAAAUAGCUGUCCAGCAUUGCAUUAAGCUGGAGAGUAACAUAGCAGGUUAUUGUUCUCUUCUUUCUAGCAUAUACGCUACUCUUGGAAAAUGGGAUGAUGCCAAGAAGUUGAGAGCGGGUGUGGAAGGAAAGAAAAUCAUCAAGAUACCUGGAUGUAGUUGGACAAGUAAUUUAACCCAUCCAUGAUUUGGGAAAAUAAGGCACACACAACAUACUAUAACUAGUGCUCAUAUUGCCUUGCCUUUAAUUUGUACACGGCAUGUUUGAGUGAUGGAAUGUUAGCAAUGCAACAGUGAUAGUAGCUGCUGAGGAAGGUGAUUUAGCCAGCAAUUCAAUGUCAUAAAUCAUAAGUGUCCAAUAUGUUUGAGGGAUCUCAAGCUCUUGGUUCUAUAGGUGUUUAGCUGAUGGCUAUUUAGAUUCUUCAUUGGAUAUGCAGAGAAA